AAAAAAUAAAUAUUUUAGCCAUUAAAAUAUAUAAUUAACUGUAAGGUAAAAAAUGUAUAUUAGAUAAAUUAGUAGCUAAAAGCAAAAAAAAUUUUAUAAUUGCUAAUAUUUUAAAAAAGUAGGCUAUUCAUUCAAGAAAUAUUCAUGUUAUUUAUUGUUAAAUAUUUAAAAUAUAUUUUUGUUAUGAUUUUGAAUUCAUUUGUAGAGAAAAUAUAAUAUACAAUUUAAUAUUUAUUUUUAACAUUUUUGAAAAUAAAAUAAAUAUUUUAUCAUAAAACUAAUUAUCAAGCAAAUCCAUUUAAAAAUUUAGCACUUUUAUUUAAGAUAUUUUAGAAUCUAUUUAAUAAAUCUAAAACAAAUGAUCUACCUGACUUAAUUCUAUUUGAAAAAAGUAGACUUAGACUAUUAAUUAAUAAUAUUUUAUAUUUUUUUAAAUUAAAGUAGAAAAAAUAUUAAUUUAUUUGCUAUAAUAGUAAGCAUAACAUUUUAUCAACUCAUUUCAAUUAUAAUAUGACCUAUUUUACAGUUUAAUAAAAUCCGAAACAAUCUACAUUUACUAAAGAUAUUGUAUCAAGUUUAUUAUAAUCUAUCAAGGAUCUUACCUGUUAAAAGUAUGUUUAAUAAUACUUUUGA